UCCCGGCAGCGGGCGGGGCGGAGGAGGCGCGGCCCGGCCCCGGACGCGUUGCGGAAGAGGGAAGCGGCGGGGCGGCUGCGGCUGCGGCUGAAGCUGAGGCAGCAGCAUGGCAGCGCGGGGCUCCGCGGAGGACGCGGCGCUGAGGCGCGAGGCCGAGCAGUGGCUGCAAUGGGACAAGAAUCCCAAAACUUCUGCAAUAGUGAAGGAACUACUUGCUAAAGGAAAUGUGGAAGAACUGCAGAAAUACUUUGGCUCACGAAUGGAAUUUGGCACAGCUGGGCUCAGGGCUGCCAUGGGAGCAGGAAUUUCUCACAUGAAUGACUUGACUAUUAUCCAGACAACUCAGGGAUUUUGCAGAUACCUUGAGAAGAAUUUCAGUGACCUGAAAAAGAGAGGAGUUGUGAUUGGGUUUGAUGCUCGUGCCCACCUUUCAAGCGGAGGUAGUAGCAAAAGGUUUGCAAGACUUGCUGCUAAUACAUUCAUCAGUCAAGGAGUUCCAGUUUACCUCUUCUCUGACAUAACACCAACACCUUUUGUGCCAUACACCGUAACUCAUCUGAAGCUUUGUGCUGGAAUUAUGGUUACAGCUUCCCAUAAUCCAAAGCAAGAUAAUGGUUACAAGGUCUACUGGGAAAAUGGUGCUCAGAUAAUUUCCCCCCAUGACAAAGGAAUUUCUCAGGCUAUUGAGGAGAAUAAAGAGCCGUGGCCUCAGGCUUGGGAUGAUAAACAAAUCGACAGCAGUGUGCUACUUCAUGACCCAUAUGCCACUAUCAAUAAGGAAUAUUUCAAAGACAUACAGAAACAGUGCUUUCACAGGAAUAUAAACAAGGAAACAAACCUGAAAUUUGUUCAUACUUCUGUGCAUGGUGUAGGUCAUAAAUUUGUGCAGCUGGCCUUCAAGGCAUUUGAUCUUAGACCUCCUUUUGCUGUUCCGGAGCAGAAGGAUCCUGAUCCAGAAUUUCCCACAGUAAAGUAUCCGAAUCCUGAAGAAGGCAAAGGCGUUCUGACCUUAUCUUUUGCUUUGGCUGAAAAAGAUGGGGCAAAAAUUAUUCUGGCAAAUGAUCCAGAUGCUGAUCGACUUGCAGUGGCAGAGAAACAAGAAAGUGGUGAAUGGAAGGUAUUUUCUGGAAAUGAACUGGGAGCUCUGUUAGGCUGGUGGAUCUUCACUUGCUGGAAAAAUCAGAAUAGGGAUGCUUGUGCCAUUAAAGAUGUCUACAUGUUAUCUAGCACAGUUUCUUCCAAAAUCCUGAGAGCAAUUGCACUAAAGGAAGGUUUUCACUUUGAAGAGACUCUGACAGGUUUUAAGUGGAUGGGGAACCGUGCCAAGCAGCUCAUGGAUCAGGGAAAAGCUGUUCUUUUUGCAUUUGAAGAGGCGAUAGGGUAUAUGUGCUGCCCUGCUGUUCUGGACAAAGAUGGUGUCAGUGCUGCUGUUAUAACUGCAGAGAUGGCUAGCUUUUUGGCAACCAGGAAUUUGUCUUUGUCUCAGCAGCUGAAGGCUGUCUAUGAUGAAUACGGCUUCCAUAUUACCAAAGCUUCAUAUUUCAUCUGCCAUGAUCCUAAAGUGAUUGAACAGCUUUUUGACAACCUUAGGAAUUACGACGGAAAAGACACCUAUCCAAAAUCUUGUGGUAGAUUUAAAGUUUCCGGAAUAAGGGAUCUAACUACUGGGUAUGACAGCAGCCAGCCAGAUCAAAAAGCCAUACUUCCUACUAGUAAAAGUAGCCAAAUGAUUACAUUCACUUUUGCUAAUGGAGGAGUGGCCACAAUGCGAACCAGUGGAACAGAACCAAAAAUCAAAUACUAUUCUGAACUUUGUGCACCUCCUGGAAACAGUGACAUUGACCAGCUGAAGAAAGAACUAGAUGAAUUGGUCAACGCACUUGAAAAACACUUCUUUCAACCAGAGAAAAACAAUCUUCAGCGAAAGACUGAGUAAAAUAGAACAAUUAGUACCUUCAUUGUAUUUGGUAUUUUGGCAGCAUUAAAAAUGCAUUAUUUAACAAGUAAGGAUUUUUAGGACCAAACAGCUGAGAACUUGAACUAAAAAAGACUUCUGCUUUUAUUAAGAUUCAUUCUACAUGCUGUUGAAUUUAGUAUCUUGUUUUGAAAGGGAAGCAUGUCUACCCUUGAAGGACCAAAAAAGCCCAGUUAGCUUAUGCACUGAAAGUUGUCUGCAAAUGUAUUUCAGUCAAAACUUGUUUAAUUAAAUACUCUAAUAUCCUGAUUUCUGAAAUGCAGCCUGUUUGGGGGAAACCUUUCUUUUGUCUGUGGGUAAUCUGAUAACAAUAUGAAACUCUAUCUAGGUUUAGAUUUGCGAAGCAAGUGCUGCUGUUCAUAAGAACUGAAAGCCUGUGGUGAAAUGUUGGCAAACUUAGGGCAAGUGUUUUAGAAAUAGUGCUCUUUUGGCAGGGGACUUCAGCCCAAAUAAACAAGGAAGCCGCAGUAAAUUUUCUGGAGAGUUUCUGUUUGCUGUGGGAUUGGACUACAUAGCAAACUCCAAGUUGGAGAUGCUAAGCGUGCUAAACUCUUAUUCCUUAGAAAUGUGAAACAUGCCUUUCAAUACCGUGAACAUGUUGGGACAGAGUGCAUCUACAUACACCUUUCUGUCCCCUCAUUGAUCUAAGCGUGAUUAGGUUAGUGCAUGCUGUAUGCUACAAGACUUUGCUGCAUAACCCUGCGUGUUGAAUUUAGAGCAGAAAUUUCCAUUUCAUUGUGUGCUGUCAUCUGUACUUGCAGAGCCCGAGAGGGUUAUGUAGAGGUUACCAACUGACUUUGCUGUACAUUUUUUUUUCUGCACUGGGUAUCAGUGUGUAGCUCCAAAAGCCCUAGUACAUCUUGGGUAAAUAAACCUCCUCACCAUAACUGUUUUUGGUAUACCAUGACAAUGCCUAGUUGCUAGGUCAAGCAUAGAUUAAAUUUAGCAAGUUACUCAUCAGGACUCCAGUGAAUACUGGGCUACCUUGUUAGCUAAGACAAUAAGUAAAGAAUAUUUGAUGCCUGCUUUUGCAUCACAGACUUUAGAGUUAUAAUUGGAGGAUACAAGGAAAGGAGUAAGCCCUGCAUUCUUUGGCAGAUGCUUCAGUUUUUCUUGGCUGAAGAGUCAAAGCCAGCAUCUGCACUGUUCAUACUGAGGUCUGUGUGGUACAGAAAAUUAACUUUAAUCAAAAGUAAUAAUAGGAGUACUAAGGAAAGGGCUUGCACUGUUCAUCAAAACCUAGUGCUAGGGAAGUGGAAGGACAAACAUUGGGAUGACACUUGAAUUUUGCUCUCGGUAGGAUUUAACAUGUGGCACAUGACUUAACCACAGGCUGCCUUUGCAAAACAGAAUUUCUUGCAUGGUACUUCACCCUGAGCUUCAUUCAAAACAAAUGGCUGUGCACAAGCUCCCAGUUUAAACUGCCCACUGCCUGGUUAGGUGUUGCUGGUCAACACUUCUAAGAGCAACUUGGUUGGGGAACCCAGACACAGCGUGAUAGCUGUGAACUGAGGCUGAGGGAUUCUAUGGAGAUCCAGAUGGCUUGGUGUGUUGUUCAGCUUCCUGUGAUCUGCUGGGCUUCUCCCGUGCUGGUGCUGUUACUUGUGGGUGAUCUACAUGGCCCGAUUCUAGCUGCAGGCAUUAAUUACUUCUGUCCUCCUGGGAGUCUGUACAUCAGAGAACAUCAGAGCAGAAGCACUGAUUUUUUUAUUCAGAAAUGUCAUUUGCCAGGACAAGAAUAAAGAAAGCUUGGAGCCUGGACUGAACCCAAGUGGCAGGGAAUUCCUGGUUACUUCCAGAGAGAUGCAUCCUUAAGUUACUGCAAAUAUGCAGAGUGAGCCUGGUUUUUAUAACAGACUAACACUCGCAAUUCCAGCAAAAGUCAACAGCAGUUGUAAACAUUUGAUCCGGGAGGAAACCAUGUUUGUGAGGCUGGGAAGAAAAAGCCUUGAAACUAGGGAGUACAAUACUUAAAAACUCUGCCAUAAAAGUAAAAGCAUAAUAAUGCUGUUAAACUGAUGAAUUUCACUUUAAAGUUGUUAGUUUCUUUAGUAGUCACAACUUAACAUUAUCCUUGAAUGUAUUUUCAUUUUUAUUUCAGUAAACAGUUUGGCCAGAAGGAAAUAAAUAUAUUUAAUCUUCCUUA